AUGGGGUACGUGAUGUGGAUGAUUGAGCCAUCUUAUGGAUGGUGCUGGUCACUCGCAGCCUCAGAACAACCCUCGAUUAUACCCUCAAAGUCGACAACCCUUGCCAAUUCCAAAGCUUCCCCCCUGCCCGAUAUUGGGGACCUCACCAAAGGCAAUUGUGAAGCUUCAAAAAUCCUUGCGCCAGCGCCGAAACCAAUCAGAAUCAAGUUGAAGGUAAAUGCGCCUGUUCCACCCACCACCGAGCCUGUUCCACCCACCACCGAGCCUGUUCCGCCCACCACCGAGCCUGCUCCACCCACCACUGAGCCUGUUCCACCGACGGCUAUGCCCAUACCAAUACCAACCGAACUGCCACCACCAAAGCUUGACACCCAAAAGGCAAGUGUUAAAAGGGGUAAGAAUAUCCCUCAGCCUUCGGUUCCAUUGCAAGAAACCCAACCUACUCGCCGAUCCAGCAGAAGGAAGUAG